UCCUCCCUAGGUACCGCCCGGGGCUUUCCCGGAAAGCAGUGGGGGGGCCGAAGAAUAAAUCUGUGAGUCACUUGCACGGCGUGAUUCUCUGUCUCAGCUGCAUCCCGAGCUGCAUCCCGAUGAGCCGCCGCCUCCUCUCCGUUCUCGCCCUGCCCGUAGGGGUGUCCGUGGCCGCGACCGCGGCAGGCUUCCAGCUCCUCUGCCAGGGAGGUGAGCGCCCUGGAGAGAAAAAGGCCAGGGAGAAAGAGGAAAAGGCAACCAAAAGCAGUUGGUGUGGGAGCUGCCUGGGGAAAGGCACAAGGGAUAUCAAGCCGUGCAACCUGACUGGCUGGUGGGAGAAUGAUCUGGGCUCCAAGAUGAAAGUGUUCAAGGUUGACAACGACGGAACCUUCUUUGGGGAGUACCACACCGCUGUGUCAAGCGCCAAGAAACCCAUCCAGCCGUCCCCACUGACUGGCUCCCAGCACCUGGAUGAGGAUGGACAGUGCACCUUCGGCUUCACUGUCAACUGGAAGAAGUUCUCAGAUUCUACAGCUGUCUUUGUGGGCCAGUGCUUCAAUGGGGAUGAUGGGAAGGAGGUCCUGCACACCUCCUGGCUGCUGCGGGAGAAAGUCAGCUCGGAGACAGAUGACUGGAAAGCCACCAGGACUGGUCGCAACACCUUCACUCGAGCGGGCUGAAAGGACGGAGAAACAUCUUACUCUGGCCACACCUGGGAGACAGGAGUCCCCUCAGCAGGACCAGUGUGUAGCAGCAUGCCUUGAUGCUUCAUGCUUCCAGCUAUGGAGGAAUAUUUUAAAAAAACAAAUAAAAUUAAAUAUAUUUAAACACA